UCUAACUAAUGAAAAGAGAGAACUGAAAAAAGGAUAGGACAUUAUUAAAGAAUAUAAAACUUUGGAACGGGGGCCUUUGGAGUAGCUAACAUAAUACAUGAUAAAGGACUCAUUUCUAUACAACUUAUGAAAUUUCACAGCACUAGAGUAGAAAUAAGAUCCUAACAGCUUUCUGGGAGGCAGGGAAGGUUGUAUACUAAAGACUGGGAAUCAGAAUCACACAAGAACUAAUAGCAAUAUGGACGCCUUCACCAUUCUGAGGGAAAAGGAUUUCAACUUAGACUUUUAUAUCCAGCCAAAUCGUCAGUCAAGUGUAAAGGGAAAAAGGUAUUUUGGAGACAUACAAAAUUCCCCCAAACUACAACCCCCACCCCCCGCAUCCUUUCCGUGAGAAAAGGAUGAGAGGAUGUGCCCCACUAAAAUGUGCAGGUGGUCCAUGGAAGAAGAAAAAUGAGAUUAAAGAAACAGGAUCCUGUGCGGGGACCUGGCACGGGCAUUCCUGGGAAGACACUGUGAAAGCUGGCCUCGGGGAUCUCGUGGGGGGCUGUGAGUGUGCCGUGGUGGCUGCAGCCAUGUGGGGGGCUCUUGGGGGGCUGUGAGUGCACCGUGGUGGCCGCAGUCUUGUGGGGGUCUCACAGGGGGCUGUGAGUGUGCUGUGGUGGCCGCAGCCCCACGGGGGGCUCGUGGUGGGCUUUGAGUGCGCCAUGGUGGCCGCAGCUGCGGGGCACAGAUGUGCUGCCUGGGGUGUGUCUUCUGGGAAGCCUGUGGCUCAGAGCAUGUCAGCUCCAUUCUUCUCCUUGCCCAGGCCAGAGAGCUUGGAGUCAUCCUUGAUGUCACUCUUUCACACUCUUCUUGGAAAUCCACCAGCAAGUCCUUGGCCCUUCCUUAAAAACAAGUGUGGUCACUGUGGAGGCCUCCCCUCACCUGGACGGCUGUCGGGCCUCCCGGCUGGGCUCUGGCCCUUACCCCGCACCAUCUGCUCCCACCCAGCAGCGAGCGUGGUGCUGUUACAGAGGAAGGCAGAGAAGCCUGGCACUGGCUUCCCAUCACACCCACAGUAGACACGCGAUUCCUUAAAAUCGCCUCUCAGGCCCUGAUCAGGUCUCCCCGCUCUGACCUCCCCCUGCCCCAGCUGCUGGCCCCUUGUUCUUGGAGAGGCCUUCCCUGACGGUGCAUCUGCCCCUCGCCCGGCGCUGCGGUGUUGACCACCUGACAUACUGUGCAUUUUACUAAUUUGUUUGCCCGCCCCCCCCAUCCCUGCAUGGAGUAGAAACUUGGUGAGGGCAGGCAUUUUUGUCUGCUUCACGGGUGUAGCGCCUGUGCCUGGCCCUGCGUGCUGAAUGCAUGUUGUUGAGUGAACUGAAUUGAGGUUUGAGAGACUAGAUCUGAUUAUAACAAAAUGAAAACUUCUGUAUGCGAAAAGAUACCACAACUAAAGUUAAUAUCAAAUAACAGAUUGUGAUAAAAUAAUUGUAACAUGUAAUACAGAGGAUCAGUAAUCUACAAAUCGAUAAGAAAAAAGAUAGCCGCUAGAAGAGUGAGCAAAGGAUGUGGACAAGCAGUUCCCAGAAGAGGGAAUACCUUAAAUUUACGACAAGGUCAUCUGCGUCACUGUUAAUCAGAUGGUCAGUGCAAACUGGAAACAAUAAGAAGGCAUCACAUUUCGCCUGUCGGUCUGGCAGGAAUUAAGUUUGAUACCUCCUGGGCUUGGGGGGCUGGAGGGGGGUGGCAGGCACUUCGGCAGUGUCCAUUAAAGUUGGAAGUGUCCGGAUGCGGUGACCCAGCAGUUCUGCCUUUGGGUGUCUGCUCCAGAGCAGCGCUCUCCCAUUUGACAGCAGGUGGGAAGUGGAAGUGACCUGUCUUCUUAAAGUUAGGAUCAGCAUCAGAGAAUCAGACGUGGCAUCAGAAGAUGGGAAGUGCUGAUUUGGACAUCAUUAAACUCGCAGGGUUUGAAAUGGAGCGGAAUGGACUUACACUGGGCUUCCUUGCUGGUGGAGGGCAGAAAGGAGAAGGCGGAACUUAUUUUGACAUCCUAAGCAAGAGGGUAGAAGGUUGGGUUUUUAUUAGUUGACUCUACAAAGAAAAAGUAUUUUAAAUAUAUAUAUACACACACAUUUAUUCUAUGUAACUAUCAUUAGGCAAAAUGGGAAAGGGCUCUGCCCUGUGGCGCAUCAGCACCUAUGGUCGCCUUUAGGUUACGGCUGGAGACCCUGCAGUCUUGCUGUCAUCUUGUUUCCAGCUCUGUGAUGAGGACCAGGCCACGGGACGGCAGGUCCAGGACCCUCACCCCCCACAGAAAGUGCAGAUGUCUGUGUGGCCGACAGGACCCGGCAGGGAAGAGGGAGUUGGGGUCCAGCAGUGAGUGCUGCAGCAGCCGCGUGGUUGGAUCCGGACUUUGGCCAAGUCCUGUAACUCUCGGGGUCUCAGUGUCCUUGUCUGUGAAUUAGGGGGAAGACAACACUCACCUGCAGGAGGAGAUGGGUCAGGCCACGACGGGCCAGGUCAGAGGACCCUCAGCUAUGUGACCUCCAGUGCCACAGCGAUAGGCACAUUUGUUCUUUUAUUUGUCACUUGCCAAGUGUAAAUAUCUGAGUGCAGAACCCGUUAGCCUGUUCAUGGGAAACUGUAUCUGCAUCCAGCAACUCUACUCCUAAGAAUUUUUGCUAAGGAAGUAAUUAAAGAGAUAUGCAUGCACAUGGGUGUUUAUUGCAGUGCUGAGAGUGGCAGAAAAAUUGGAAACCAUUGAAAAGUCUUGAAUUAGGGGACUGGUUAAAUAGUACGUCCAUAUGGUGAAAUACUAAAAGCGUGAUCGAUGUCCAUUUACGGUUGUGGAAAAUGUUAGUAAGAAUAGUUGGUUAUAAAACAGCAUGUAAAAUAUCCAAUUUUAGUUGCAAACAAAUAUAUAUAUACAGAAUGCAAACACACACAAAGGGAAUAUGCAACACAUGAGCAAGUCUGGGAGGCUGAACCCCCAAGUGUCUUCAUCAGUUAUCUCCGGAUGGUGAGAUUACGCUUUUUUCUUACAACUGUUUCCCAAGUUGGAACACUGGCCAUGUAUCAUGAAUAUGAUAAGGGUAUACUAAAAAACAUUUUGGUGUAAAAACUUAGAAAUCAGAAUGGGACUAGCAUUAUGUUUCUAUUGGGAAUUUUGCCCUUAGAUAUUUUUUGUCUUUGCAACCUGCCUUCUGCUUUUAGCCUAUGACCUCAUAACAUGCUGCUGCGAUUAAGAGCUCUUAGUCACUCUCUUGGGAAACGCACUCUCAUCCCCGUGAGACAGCCAGGGGUGUUGGCGAGCCCUGCCGAGAAGGUGCUGGGAGGGGAGCGGAAGGCCGCCGCCAGUAGCCGGAUCUGGGCAGGACGGAGGCGGCGGCUCUCGUGGCUCCCUCCAAGGCCACCCUCGGGGGGGAGACGGCCCGGCCGGGGCUCAGGAACUGGGCGGUGGCCGUGGCCUGGGAGUGCGGCCGGCAAGUCCUGCCAGGUCAGGAGGCCGUGCAGAGCCGACUGGAGGCUUGGCUCGGGCUCAGUUCCGUCUGCAGGACAGACCGAACCCCCCGCCGCCGAGCAGGAUGGUUCUGAAAAGCGAGGAGCAGGAGGUUCCCAGUGACCUGACUCCAGAGGAGCGCCAGGAACUGGAGAACAUCCGGCGAAGAAAGCAGGAGCUGCUGGCUGACAUACAGAGGCUGAAGGAUGAGAUAGCAGAAGUAGCUAAUGAAAUUGAGAGCCUGGGCUCCACAGAAGAACGGAAGAACAUGCAGAGGAACAAACAGGUAGCCAUGGGCAGGAAAAAGUUUAACAUGGACCCUAAAAAGGGGAUCCAGUUCUUAAUAGAGAAUGACCUGCUGAAGAACACUUGUGAAGACAUUGCCCAGUUCUUGUAUAAAGGUGAAGGGCUCAACAAAACAGCCAUUGGUGACUACCUGGGGGAGAGAGAUGAGUUUAACAUCCAGGUUCUUCAUGCCUUUGUGGAGUUACAUGAGUUCACGGAUCUUAACCUUGUCCAGGCGUUACGGCAGUUCCUGUGGAGCUUCCGGCUGCCCGGAGAGGCCCAGAAGAUCGACCGGAUGAUGGAGGCCUUCGCCCAGCGGUACUGCCAGUGCAACUCUGGGGUGUUUCAGUCCACAGACACUUGCUACGUCCUCUCCUUUGCCAUCAUCAUGCUGAACACCAGCCUGCACAACCCCAAUGUCAAGGAUAAGCCCACCGUGGAGAGGUUCAUUGCCAUGAACCGAGGCAUCAACGACGGAGGGGACCUGCCUGAGGAGCUGCUCCGGAAUCUCUAUGAGAGCAUAAAAAAUGAACCCUUUAAAAUCCCAGAAGAUGAUGGGAAUGACCUCACCCACACUUUCUUCAAUCCGGACCGAGAAGGCUGGCUUUUAAAGCUCGGAGGUGGCAGGGUAAAGACGUGGAAGCGGCGCUGGUUCAUUCUGACCGACAACUGCCUUUACUACUUUGAAUACACGACGGAUAAGGAGCCCCGUGGGAUCAUCCCUUUAGAGAAUCUGAGCAUCCGGGAGGUGGAGGACUCCAAAAAGCCAAACUGCUUUGAGCUUUAUAUCCCUGACAAUAAGGACCGGGUCAUUAAGGCCUGCAAGACGGAGGCCGAUGGGCGCGUGGUGGAAGGGAACCACACCGUGUACCGCAUCUCGGCCCCCACACCCGAGGAGAAGGAGGAGUGGAUCAAGUGCAUCAGGGAGCAGUGUCAUGGGGACAGCUCAGGAGAGCUGAUGACCGUAAGGAUGCAAAGGAGAGCGCCUGUGCCAUGUCCUGCUUUUCACCGAGAGCAGCCAUCAGCAGGGACCCCUUCUACGAGAUGUUAGCAGCACGGAAGAAGAAGGUCUCCUCCACCAAGAGACACUGAGUCUGCGCCCCGGAAUCCAAGUCAGAUGCCCACAGGUGGACCCAGGGCUGCUGAGCAGGAGCGUCUUCUCUGCCGGGCCUUUCCCUGGGUUCCUAGAGACUAGCUUCAGCUUUGCUAUUUUUUCUUUAAGGGGAGAAGGGUGGGCAGAUAUCACUGGGAAAGAGGGGGACCUGGAGCCUCUGGAAGCAUGGAUUCUUAAGCCUUUUUCUCUAAAAAGAACAGAGGUCUUAGCCAAGCAGCCCCCUUGCAAGUCUCUCCACUCAGCAGGCCUGAACGCGGAGCGUGCAGCCGACUGUUACCUCACGGUUAUUUGUGAAGAGGCCUUCAGCCCUGCACUGUAAAUAUACGUGUCAGUACGUUAUUAUACAUUAGGAAAGAGGUGGGAUGCAAGAGACACCACAUGCUAUCACGAUAUCUUUUUGAUUUGUUUCUUUUUUUAGAGAAAAAGAUCAAGUAGAGCUGUUCAGACACCGUCUUCCCUCUGGUUUGGGAAGCUGCCUGGACAGCUGCUCAGGUGUGCUCACCUGGGCCGAGGGCUGGGCCUGCGCGGGAUCCUCUGGGCCGGGGGCUGGGGGUCUUGUCUGGGCACGAGAGGGAUGGGUGGAGGGUGGGGAGGGGUGGAGGAGGCAGCUUGCUGGGUGAGGACUGGGACUUGGUGCAGAGUCAGAUUCCAGAACCUGCCGUGGUCUCGGACCCUCAGUGCCCACAGCGCGAACGGCCGCUCUCGCCGUUUCCCGCCUCAAGUGCCUGGGGAGCACUGGGGCAGAGGAUUGCUGGGCACUUGCACUGUUUUCUCUCUUUCGGAUUUCAAGUUCUUGUGGGGCUUUAAGAUAGAAGGUCUGCGUUCUUCCUUGAGCUAAACACCUAAUAACCAAAACUGUGAGGAAGGUGAUCCCAGAGGGGCUCCGGGGUGACCUGACUGCUUCAUGGUUGGUUUUCCUUCCUCUCCCCCAAGCUCCAGUCCUCGUUUUAGAGGAAGGAGUGGGUCCUACCUGCUCGCCUUGGGGCCUCAGCUUUUCCUGCCGGUGCUGGCCCUUGCCUGGACCCUGCAGUCUGUGAUGGGCCCCGGGGGCAGGGGCCUGGUCUGCUUCGCAGGGGCCCGGGCAAGGGAGGGCAGACGGCUGCUCUUGUGUCUCUCUCUCUUUUUCUUUUUUUUAAGUAAUGUGUAUGAGUUGACCUCACCCCUCCUAAUUUAUGGUGUGAAGGGAGCCAUGAAACGCGGCGUCUCCUGCCGUUCUCUCAGGGACUCUCAAGGACUCUCAAGGGCAACUCCUGCCGCGCAUCCAGGGCCUGGUGUGCCGGUGUGGGCGGGUGGGCAAACAGCCCUGGCGGCAGAGUGCUUCCUCACGGGCGGAGGGGAGAGCAGUGGGACCCCCAGCUCUGCUGACGUUCUUAGGGGGGCUCGCAUCUCUGGAAAUAGCCUUUGCAAAAAGGAGGGGUGGGAGGAGGGGGUGCGUUUUGGAGCCCCUCCGAGCGUGGUGCGCAGUGGCCGCAGCCUGCCUGGCAUGGCUUCAGGCUCUUUUUCUUGUGGCUGAAGCUUAUGAAGGUGACAGAGGAAGGCCCAGGCUGGAGAACCAGGGUGUGCAAGCCAGGGUCUCGGGGGGCUUCGGGGCCGUGCUGAGGUGGAGCUCCUCCAGCUGGCUGUGACCCUCCGGCAAGUUCCGAGCGCCGGCUCCCACCAAUGCCGCCUAGAUGGAGAGGCUCCGGAUCAGUAUUAGUCUAUUUAUCAGAGGUGUAAAUAAUCUAUGUAUAGUUUUUCUCCUUUUAGAUUAUUUUGUAUUUGUUUAAAAAAAAGUUUUGUCAAAAUAUAAAAUAUAAAGAAAUGACUGAAAGUUGUUGACAGGGUUUUUAAAAAAAUUAUUAUUAUUCCAAUGGUUUUUUGUUUGUUUUUUGCCUUGUAAACUAGCACCAAGAAACUGCAGCAAAUAAACUCCAAACCUGCCCAGCCA